AUAUGUUUAUAAUGUUUAUUUCCAAAUGUUCUCAUGUUUACGAAUUUUUUUCCACGUCAAUUAUCAUGUUCAUCAAGAAAACUUGCGGUUUUCUUUAGACUGUGCUCGUGGAUUCUUUUUCUGUUGUUGGUUUGCAGUGUGAUCGGAGAGAAAAAGCAAGAAUCCAAGAUAAUCGGUGGACGCAGAGCUCAGGAGGGAGAAUUUCCGUAUGUGGUAUGCAUACGAGGUCAGUUCCUAUGCGGCGGUGUACUUUUGGAUUUGAAGUCGGUGCUGACUGCGACCCGUUGCUUUUAUCGUGCGAAUGCGGUGGUGACUUUGAGCAAAGUGCAAGUAGUCGCCGGUACCAUCAAUCUACGUGAUUCGAUUGCACAGACAAUCGGAGUGUCGUCCUUCUUUCCACAUGUUAAUUUUACGGCAGAAAAAACCAACACUUCCUACCACACCGUGCACGACAUCGGUAUUGCACGGUUACUGUAUUCGUUCGAAGAGAAUCCGAAUCUGAAACCUUAUUCGAUAUUUCCCUUUCAUUCGGCAGAAGAGAUGGAAGCUUCGUUUCGUGAAACUCAAAAAGCCGGCUCAAGAUGUUGGACGAUGGGCUUCGGAUUGAAAGGAACCAGGAAAUUAGCAUAUUUCUUGCAAGUUAUCGAGAUAACUAUGUUGCCUGAUGAGGAGUGUGAAGGUUUUUCCACGAAUUCAAGUGAUUCUGUGAUUUGCGCCAAGUCCGCUGAACCAGGCAAAGCUAGGCCGGCCGGUGGUGAUUUCGGCAAUCCGCUCGUAUGCGGGAGAAGAUACUUCGGUGUCACUCGAGAAGUUGUCUUAGUAACCGACACAACUACAAUUGUCUUCACGCCGAUUUGGCCAUACCUGAGUUUUUUUAAUUUAAACCUGAUAUCGUCGGGAACGGUACCAUCCCUUACUGUCUUUUGGUGUUUGACAGGUUUUCUAAUCUUAGACAUAAUUUCUCAACUAUAGGUACAUAAAUUAAAUAAAGAAAUAUGUAUGAUUUUUC